GUUUACCAGGUAAGAGACUUUUUCCUUACUUACCAAGUAAGACUCGAUCUUUGUUAUGUCUCUUACCGGAUCAGUUUUUUGGUCCUUGUCAUGCUCAACCGGUAAAGUAAGUGAUAUUGGUAAGCACUUACCUGGUAAACAUUUGGUAAACGACCCCUUUAGUGUGUAUUGAUACAUAAAACUUGAAUUAGUGCACUCCACGUCACCAUUUGGUGACUGUCCCAUUAGGUGAGCGGACAUGUAUUUGGGCGGUAGUACCACGCCAUUUAGGUGUAUGCUAGUGCACUCCAUGUCAACAUUUGGGCCUGUCCCAUUUGGGGAGAGUGGACAUGCGUUUGGGCGGUAGUACCGUGCCGUUUAGGUGUAUAAAUCAUUUUAUUUCUCAACACACUUUGCCAGGAGCACCAUCCUCUUUCCAUUUUCUUUGAAGUUUGGGAUUUUAUGUUUUAUGUAACUUCAGUUUCUUCUUGGUAUGCUAAUAUUUGACCAUGUCCUGCUUUCACACAGUAAUGAUGACAAACAAAGAUGUAGGAAUUAAAAGGGGAAGAGCGGAAGAAAUGACUGCUCCACCAGGUUUUGCAUCUCUCACAUCUUUCACACUGAAGAGGACAAAAGGUAAUAAUGAAGCUUGUAAUUUAGCGGGAAACCCAAAUGACAUUGAACCAGAGCCCAUUGAAGUUUCUUCCAAAAUUGCUGAUGUUGAAAAGCUUCAGAAGUGUCUCAAGCGAAGGCCGUGGAUACUUCAUGAUCAACUCAUCAACCUGGAAAAACUGGAUAGGAAACAUCUGAAGACGAAUAUCUCAGGGGAAAAUACCCUUCCAAAAGGAGUUAUUCGUGGGUGUCCAAGUUGCAAUAAAUGCCAGAAGGUUGUUGCACAUUGGCGUCCAGAAGAGUCCUGCAAGCCUGUAAUAGAAUAUGCUCCUGUAUUUCAUCCAACCGAAGAGUUUGACUUUUUAUCACAGGAUUUUAAAGAUACGCUUCAAUAUAUUGCCAAAAUACGUCCGAAAGCUGAGGAAUUUGGAAUUUGCCGUAUUGUUCCUCCUGAUUCCUGGAAACCACCAUUCACUGCUAAGGGAAAGCAAUGGGAAUCUUCUAAAUUCCAUACCCAUGUUCAACAGAUUGAUGAACUUAAAGAUCUGUAUUCAAAGAGAAAACUUGAUGAAACCGUUGAACAAGCGGAAGGAAAUAGAACUUCAAUAUUGGAAUUGGAUCAUGAGUCUGAUGGCUUUGAAUUCGAAUGUGGUCCUGAAUUUACGCUGCGAGCAUUCAAGGGAUACGCGGAGCAUUUCAAAGGGCAUUAUUUUCAAAAGAAAGACAUAUUUACUGAGUUUAGGACUUCGCCUUGGGAGAAUGUUGAAGGGGAAUAUUGGCGGAUUGUACAAAAUCCAACUGAGCAAAUUCAGGUGCUGUCUGGUCAUAAUCUGGAGGCAAAGUUUUUUGGUAGUGGAUUUCCUUCAACAUCACUUGGUGGUGAUGAUCAAAAUGAAUACACGAAAUCAGGUUGGAACUUAAAUAAUACAGCUAGGAUUCCUGGCUCUCUUCUUGCUUUUGAUCAUGGCAGUGCUGCCCUUUUGGCCCCACGUCUGGAUGUAGGGAUGUGCUUUUCAUCCAUUUGUUGGAAGGUUGAAGAGCACCAUUUGUACAGUCUCAGUUACAUGCACCUGGGUGCCUCAAGAAUUUGGUAUGGGGUCCCAGGUAAAUAUCACCUAAAUUGUGAAGCAGCACUGAAGAAAACCUUCCCAGAGAUUUCUGGACAUCCUGAAUUGUUUCAUAAACUAGUGACUCAACUUUCACCAUCUAUCUUGAAAUCAGAGGGUAUACCUGUGUAUCGUUGUGUGCAGCACCCGAAGCAAUUUGUUCUUAUCUUUCCUGGAGUAUACUAUUCGGGAUUUGAUACCGGCUUCAGUGUUUCUGAGAAGGUAAACCUUGCUCCUCUUGACUGGUUGCCACAUGGACAGAUAGCAGCAGAAACUUACAGUGAGCGGCGUAGAAAGACAUCAAUCUCCUAUGACAAAGUGUUAAUUGAGGGGGCCCGGGAUGCAGCACGAGGGGAUUUUGCACGGUGGAAAAAUGGCUGUGGAAAGAAUGGUUGGUUUUACAAGAGCUCUUAAGUGGUGCCUGAAGCGCGAAAGGUUGAAGAGGGAGUUGUUAUGCAAUAGUUCACAAUCGCGGCCGAUGGAAGAAGAGUUUGGUUGUUCGGUGAAAAGGGAAUGCAUGGUAUGCUUCUAUGACUUGUACCUUUCGGCUGCCGGGUGCCCGUGUUCGGCCGACAAGUAUUCUUGUCUCGAACAUUCAAAGCGUAUAUGUUCGUGUCCUUGGAGUUCCAGGUUCUUUCUUCUUCGAUAUGAUAUGGGAGAGUUGGAUCUUCUGGUUGAUGCUUUAGAAGGAAAAUGUUGAUGCAUAUGUAUAAGUUUGUGAUUAAAUGGCAUGAAUUUUUGUGUUUUUGUAUAAAUUUGAGAUGGAAAAAUGUGAAGAUGUAAUGGAUGAAGAAGUGAAGUUAUAAACUAAACUAAAUGAACCUAAUUAUUCCAC